AUGCGUCGCCGCGGCCGCUUCGGAGGUUUCCGGAGAUUCGGCGCGAGUCCCGCUCCGUUCGAGUCGCCCGCGACGCCCACGACGAGCUCGGGCCGAAGCAAGCGCGAGCGGCGGAUCUACGACUUGUUCUUCCAGCCCGGCAGCCAUGAGGUCCUCUAUGAGACCUUGAAGCUUUUCGCCGAUCGUAGCGAUGCACGCGCCGCGGUGAACGCCUUGUGCAGCCUGGCGCGACUGGACAACCAACGCUUGGAGCAAGUCACGAAGCCAGGCCAGCGGCCAGCGCGGGGCUCGGGAAACUUCACAUCGAAGUUGGCCUUGGAGGCUGAGGCGGCCUUGUGUCAACGUUUGGAACGCUUGCUGGAGCAGCGCGAAAGCCUACCGCCGCUCUUCGUGGCAAACUUUUUGUGGUCCGUGGCCAAAGUGGCUGCCCGGGAACCGUUCGCAUGUUUGGUGGAGCGCAUCUGCCACAGGGCGGCCACCGAGACGCCCAAGUUCACCGCCCGCGACCUGUCCACCGCCUUGUGGGCCCUGGCCGUCUUGGUGGCGGACACGCCGCACAGGAACGUGGCUGACACGUGCGCGCUGCCGGGCUUCUUAUCGCAGCGCUUGUGCUUGUUAGCAGGAUGUCAGUGGGAGCCGCGAGCCGCUCCGUGCGCAUCAGACCGCGAGCUGAAGACCUUCGACCUAACGCAAUCGCUCUGGGCCGCUGCAAAGUUGGCGAACCAGGGUGUACCAGGGAUGGCGAAGCUCAUGCUAGAGCUGGUGAAGGCCGCCUUGGGUGAGGCAUCAAUCUUUGAAUGCCACUCCAUCUCAGUCUCGUUGUGGGCCUUGGGCCUGUCCGAGGAGUUGCACCCGCUGGACGAGGUGCAGCGCUUCGCCCACGAGCUUGCGGCGGCGGGACAACUCUUGGCCUUCAAGAUGAACUCACAGAUGUUGGCGAACUGUGCCUGGGGCGCUGCACGUGUGGCUGUGAAAGACGUUGCCUUCUACGAGGCGAUGGCCACCACAGGUUUAGAGCGCCGGAAGAAAGCCGAAACCACGGUCUUGGACCAACACAUCUUUAACCUGGCCUACAGCUUCGUCAAGGCAGAGGUCAGUGAUGCCUCAGCUUGCAGGCAGUUCUUGCUACGCACUGCAGAGGACGGCCGCCCAGGGGGUCGCAUGGAACAGAUGGCGCACUACCAUCUAUCGGGCCUCAUACGUGUCCUGGCCAAGGCCUUUACACCAGACACCCUCUUCGAGAAGAAGGUUCUGUCCAGGGGCCUCGCCUCUGAUGGCAUGGACAAGGUGCCCCAGGAUCUGGCGGUGCCACCCUCUGUCGUGACCGCGGUCCGCACGGCUUUGAGCCGCGUGGCUGCGCAGCAUGACUCCGAGACCUUUACGCCCAAGGACUUGAGCUGGUGCGUCUGGUCCGGUGCACGUUGUCUGCUGUCUGACGCAGUGCUCUUGCUGCUCCCAAAGACUUUGGAGCGCCUGGCAACCAGUGCCGAGGCCGAGUUGACGGCACAAGACUUCGGCUCGGUGCUGUGGUCCAUCGCCGCGGCGGAGCUCGGCCGUCCGCAGCUUCCGGAGCUGCGGCCUUUCCUGAGCCGGGCCCAUGCUUCGAUGGUGACGGGCUUGACGGGCGAGGGAGACUUACCAGUCACCAACCUUUGCAAUGCUGUGUGGGCGGUCGCGAAGGCAGACUUGCGGCCUAGCCACACGCUCUUGGAGUUGGCCAUCCGUGCGGUGUCCGAGGCCGGUGGCUCCGGAGACACCGUGGCGACGCUCCGCCGGAAUGCGCUGAUUGUGGCCAUUGCCCGUGUGUGCACUCUGCACCCGGUGUCCUUUCGCUGCGCGGCCUUUGUGCAGCUCGUCUAUGAGGAUGUGCUCCGGCACUUCGACGAUGCAACGAGCGAGAGUGCGAUCUCCAUCGAUGCAGAGCAUUUGGCAUGGCUGCGGCUGGGCCUCGUCUACUUGCCGAGCUUCCGCUCCCAGCUGAAGAGGCCGCCGCGCAGCUUCCCGGAGCACUUGAACCAAUACCGCCGCAUCGGGGCCACCGUGUCUGACUUGCAGCAGCGCGUGGCCACCACCCUGCGAUACCUCAAGGUGCGUCAUAUCCUUCCAGAGGCUUUGGUUGAGGGUGGACUGUGCUUUGGCCAGACGGGCGGACGUGGUGACGAUCAUUGUUUGCGCGCGGGAGCCGGCACAUCCUGGGCGAAGCCCACUGGCCCCAAGCAGAUGAUGACGGAGCUAUCGACGCUGGCAACAGUGAACCCGAUGCCUCUAGGCAGUUCGUUGACGACGCAGGGCCCAGGGCUGCAGAUGGAGGCCUUCGCCGGAGAGCUUGGAGUGCAGCUGCUUCAGAGGCGCUGGGCAGAGGUGCUUGCCGUUGUGGAGGGGGAGUGCAGUGGUGCUGGCACGUGGUUCAAAGCAGAGAAGCACACCAUGUUCCUUGUCCAUUUGGCCUUCAUCUUUGCCUCAGAAGGCAGGUCAUGUUUCCAGCGAGCCCAAUUCCAUGCGGAAGCAUAUGACAUUCUGCUCAAUGAGCAGCAUGAUCUCACUACCUUUGAGGGGGUUGUGGAGCUCAUGCGCAUGGUGCUGGGGGUUCGUUCUGAUCUGCGUUUGGUGAUCGAACAGCCGUCCUCCAGCUUUGCUUUCAAGUUGCCUCCCAUGAUCGCGGUGUCUAAGAUGUGGGGAUUGUGUCUGGGCUGA